GUUGAUGUUGAAAUUGCAAAACAGUCUGUAACUAUCAAGACCAUGUUGGAAGAUCUGGGAAUGGAUGAUGAAGGGGGUGAUGAUCCAGUUCCUCUGCCAAAUGUUAAUGCAGCGAUAUUAAAAAAGGUAAUUCAGUGGUGCACCCACCACAAGGAUGAUCCUCCUCCUCCUGAGGAUGAUGAGAACAAAGAGAAGCGAACAGAUGAUAUUCCCGUUUGGGACCAAGAAUUCCUGAAAGUUGACAAAGGAACCCUUUUUGAACUUAUUCUGGCUGCAAACUACUUAGACAUUAAAGGUUUGCUUGAUGUCACAUGCAAGACUGUUGCAAAUAUGAUCAAGGGGAAAACUCCAGAAGAGAUUCCCAAAACAUUCAAUUAUCAAGAAUGA